AUGUUUAUGAUAUUAAGGAUCAUUGAAUACGCGUUUUGUGUUGAAGUGAACACAACGUCUGGUGUAGUGAAAGGUCUGACUAUCGAUGUGUUGAACACAAGUGUUGACCAGUUUUUGGCCAUACCUUAUGCCGAACCCCCGGUAGGGGUACUCAGGUUUGCCAAACCGGUGCCACUCAGACAUCUUGAAUACACGGUUUGUAUUGAAGUGAACACAACCUCUGGUGUAGUGAAAGGUCUGACUAUCGAUGUGUUGAACACAAGUGUUGACCAGUUUUUGGCCAUACCUUAUGCCGAACCCCCGGUAGGGGUACUCAGGUUUGCCAAAUCGGUGCCACUCAGACAUCCCAUUCAAGAUGUAAUAGACGGCACAGAGACUGGAAACUCGUGUUAUCAACUAAUUCCCGACCUUUUGAAGCCUUUUGUCGGCAAUUUAACACUAAGUGAAGACUGUUUGGUAUUAAACGUAUGGACACCACAUGUGGCCAAGAAGUCAGUACCGAAAGCCCCCCUCAAACCCGUCAUGUUUUGGAUACACGGAGGGGCUCUCAUAUUGGGCUCAUCUUUUCAAAAGCUAUACAACGGCACAGCUCUGGCCACUAAUGAUGUGGUGGUUGUGUCCAUCAACUAUAGGUUAGCAAAUUUUGGUUUCCUAUACGGGGAUCGGGAGGACGCGCCCGGAAAUGUCGGCUUUUAUGACCAGUUAUUGGCUCUCAAAUGGGUUAGAGAAAACAUUCAUAUGUUUGGUGGAGAUAGGGAUGAGAUCACUAUAUUUGGUGAGAGCGCCGGCAGUUGGUCCGUAUCCGUACAGCUAUUGUCUCCGUUAUCUAAAGGCCUAUUCAAGAGGGCUAUUAUGGAGAGCGGCGCCCAUAUGUUCAAUAAAGACAGGGAUAUAAAAACAGCGCCGGAAGCGUUAAAUGAAGCCAAACAAUUGGCCGUAGAUUUCAAUUGCAGUAAAACAUCGGUUGAAUGGUUAGAGUGUUUGAGACAAUUAAACGCAGAAGAUCUCAAUGAACACAUCGGCGAGGGUUUUACUGUCGCCACACUCGGCACUGAAUACCUCCCGGUGUCCGCACACCAGGCCUUUCAAACCAAACAAUUUAAC